AUGAUCCUCAACUUGCCCCAGAUUGCCGCAGCCGGCGCCGUGCUGGGCGUGAUCUCGCAUCUGGCAUACUUCAUCCACGGCGAGCACCAUCGUCAAGCGUUCCAGUAUUUUGUGGCCUUUUUGACGUUCCCCGUCAUUGCGACCGCGGCGCAGCUCACCUUGGGAGUCGCUGUGGUGGUGGCCCUUCAGCAGACGGCCGUUUUCUACACCACCUACCUGACGGGCUUGUACUCGAGCCUCUUCCUCUACCGGGCCUUCUUCCACAGACUCCAUUCGUUUCCCGGCCCGUUUGGCGCAAAGAUCUCGAAACUAUGGCACGUCUGGAAGGUGGCUCCGACCAUCGACAAUUACAAGCACAUGACCAGAAUGCACGCCAAAUACGGCACCUUUGUCCGAACCGGACCAAAUGAGAUCUCCACGGUCCAUCCCGACGCGAUCGAAGUGCUUUAUGGGGCAUCCUCCAAAUGUACCAAAGGCGCUGGCUACGAAGGGAACUCUGAUUUGACGUCGAUGCAUUCGACCAGAUCGAGACGACACCAUGACCUCCGACGGAAAGCGUGGGCUCGGGGAUUCACUCAAAACUCGCUACGAGAAUACGAGCCUCGCGUCGAACGUUACACACAAAGCCUCGUCGAGCAGAUCCGGGCCUUCUCGGGGCAGCCAAUCAACGCCGCACAGUGGUUCAACUACUACAGCUUCGAUGUCAUGGGAGACCUGGCCUUCGCCAAGGACUUUGACAUGCUCAAGAACGGACAGAAGCACUGGGCCAUCGAGAUUCUCAACGCUGGACAGCGCGGGAUUGGAGUCUUCGGGCCCGUCCCCUGGCUCUUCAUCAUCAUCAGCAGUAUCCCCCAGAUCACCAAAGAGUUUCGCAAGUUCAUCAAGUUUUGCGAGGACAUGAUGGAGGAGAGAAUGAAGAUGAAGGUCGAUAGACCUGAUAUCUCCUCCUGGAUCUUGCAGUCGCCUCCCAUGACCGAUACUCGUUACAGCGAGCGUGCCUGGCUCACAGGGGACUCGCGGCUCAUUAUCGUGGCUGGAAGCGACACGACUGCCGCGACCUUGACCCACCUUUUCUAUCAUCUGGCCAAAGACCAAGCUCAACUCGAACUGCUGCGGGAGGAAGUUCAAUCUCUGAAGGGCGAUCUUCAGGCUUCGAAGUUGCUCACUCUCAAGCAUUUGAACGGUGCCAUCAAUGAAGCUCUCAGACUUCAUCCGCCUGUCCCGAGUGGAGUUGCCCGGCUCACGCCACCGGAAGGCAUUACCGUGGGAGGCACAUAUAUCCCUGGCAAUGUCAACGUGUUGGCACCUUCAUAUCCUUUGUUCCGAUCUCCGGAAUGCUAUGAAUAUCCAGAUGAAUUUAUUCCUGAGCGAUGGUAUAGCAAGCCAGAAUUGCUGAAGCGCGGCGACGCCUUCGCCCCUUUCCUUAUUGGACCGUAUUCUUGCAUCGGUAAACAGCUUGCCUUGAUGGAAAUCCGCUCUGUGACCGCCCAGAUCCUCCUGAACUUCGACGUCACAUUCGGGCCUGGCGAGGACGGGACCACUCUGCUUGAGAAGACGCUGGACACUUUCACCAUGGAAUUGGCGCCGUUGAAUUUGUGCUUCACCCCGCGAAAGCAAGAGGUUGAAGGGUGA